AUGUCAGCAGACAAUUCAAAUACAGCUACAACUUCUCGCCCUUCAACAGAUCCUGAAGCAGCUCGUACAGAUGCACAAACCGAUCAUCGACAUCAUAGUAUUCCAAUACCAGAUAAAGUAACAGGAGCGGGACAAAAUCAAGGAGCACAAAAAAAAGCAACAGAACCUAUUGAAGCCGAUACUAGUGCUUAUCCUGAAAAUAAAUCGAAUAAUCAAGGAGCAGCAUCACCUGAACAAGUUGCUAAUCGAUCGACAAAUUAA